CGUUCCUGGAAGCAUGGCGGAGCAGCAGCACGGCAUGCAGGAGCAGGCCGCGGCUGGCAAGAGCCAUGGAGGCCUUGGGGGUGGCUACAAGGUGACCGUGUUCGAGCAGGAGAACUUCCAGGGCAGGCGCUGCGAGCUCUCGGCCGAGUGUCCCAACCUGACUGACACCCUGCUGGACAAGGUGGGCUCCGUCCAGGUGGAGUCCGGCCCGUGGCUGGCUUUUGAGCGCAGGGCCUUCCGCGGGGAGCAGUUCGUCCUGGAGAUGGGGGACUACCCUCGCUGGGACGCCUGGUCCAGCAGCCGCCGCAGUGACAGCCUCCUGUCCCUCCGGCCACUGUCCGUGGACGGCCCUGACCACAAGCUGCACCUGUUUGAGAACCCAGCCUUCAGCGGCCGUAAGAUGGAGAUAGUGGACGACGAUGUGCCCAGCCUGUGGGCCCACGGCUUCCAGGACCGGGUGGCCAGUGUCCGCGCCAUCAACGGGACGUGGGUUGGUUACGAGUUCCCCGGCUACCGCGGGCGGCAGUACGUGUUCGAGCCGGGCGAGUUCCGCCACUGGAACGACUGGGACGCCGGCCAGCCGCAGAUGCAGUCCGUGCGUCGCAUCCGUGACCAGAAGUGGCACAGACACGGCUGCUUCCUCAGCAGCUGAGCGCACCAGGGCCA